AUGCCUCACAGAACAAGGCCAUUGAUGGGAUUGUUGCUUUUCACUGGAGUGAACGCGGUUUUGGUUCAGACAAUAACUCCAGUUUAUGACUUAGUCUGCUUCUUGCCUUACUGGGAAAGACGGAGAGAACGAAUCAGACAAGAACGUGAAGCAGCUUCGUUAUUGAAUGACACAAACUCAACACAUGAUAAAGCUGCUCAAGAAGCAUCUGCCGGAUGA